CAGCGUGUUGUUCCAUCGCUGCUGCCCCAAAAACCUUCCAUCUGAACAGCCAACACAGCCAAAAUAGUCCACUUUUAGCCAGAAACAAAAGAGCAUCCUAGCCAAAAAGCGAACGGAAAACUCGAGUUCUUCUCACCCAGAGUGAACAAUAUUUUUUUUGAACAUGUGCUUCUGUGUUUUGAGUGUUGAUUGAAAAACUUGAUUUGCCAACAAAAAUUACGAAGUCCAAAAUUGAUUCGGAAAAACCUCUCGAAAAACAGGUAAACAGGAGAAUUUGCCAAGGAAAUUAUCAUCAUCGAGUCACGUAAUUAAAACGAAACGUAAGACUCGAGAAAUAAGAGCAAAUAUUUGCAUUUUCCGGUGGCGGCGGAAAAGGAAAAACGCUGGCGAGGCUAAUAAUAAACUAAGAAAUAAAGGACGAACGACUAAGAGCCCAACUACCGCCCGUUAACGUGGCCAUAACAAUUUGCCAGUUAGCGCUACAGUUACCGCCACAGUUACUGCUCCACUUACACUGACUGCUGAUAAUAAAACGUCACAGCCCGCCGAAUCGAAGGAGGAGAGCACUGAGAGAAAAGCGAGGGGCGUUGAUUCACCAGCCGUAGUAGCCCACAGCACAAGGACACCCGGGGAUUCAAGGAUUGCAGGAUGCGUGGCCGUCACUUGCGUCGCCGGUUCAGCCUGCAGCCCUCGUUCAUGAAGGAUGACAAUGCCGAGGAUAAACCAAAGCGUGACAAAGUGGGCAGGAACAAUGCGGUGGACGAUGCCAUCGGACCGGCAAACGCCCGCCACAAAAUCGUCGUCAUGGGCUCUGCAAAAGUGGGCAAGACGUCGAUAAUCACCCAGUUUCUAUACAACACAUUUAGCACCAAGUACAAACGGACCAUCGAGGAGAUGCACCAGGGCAACUUCUCCAUCGCCGGCGUCAGCCUAACCCUCGAUAUUCUGGACACCGCCGGUUCCUAUGAGUUCCCGGCGAUGCGUGCUCUUUCCAUAUCCUCGGCGGAUGCCUUCAUCCUGGUCUACGACGUCACCGACGCCACCACUUUCGAGGAGGUGCGCACGAUCCGCGACCAAAUCCACGAGACGAAGGCCACCACCGCAGUGCCAAUUGUGGUCGUCGGCAACAAGAUUGACCUUUUGGCAGAUGGCGAAACCGAACGCGAGGUUGAGUACGCCACCACAGAAUCGGUGGUCACCGUGGACUGGGAAAAUGGAUUUGUAGAGGCCUCGGCUGCCAGCAACGAGAACAUCACUCAGGUGUUCAAGGAGCUGCUGGCCCAGGCCAAGAUCACCUACAACCUGAGUCCGGCCCUGCGGCGUCGUCGCCAGUCGUUGCCGCAGCAGAUUGGCAACAACGGGCCGGGCACCCCGUUGCACCACCACCACCACCACAGCCACCACCACCAGUCGCAGCACCACCACAACUCCGGCGGUGGCGCCUCCGCCUCCACUUCGGCGGCAGCUGCAGCGGCGGCCUCCUCCGGCGGCGGGUCGCAUGCCCCCACCCCCGCCCAGCUGCAGCACCUCCAGCGAAUCCAGGAGCGGAGUUUGGGCGCCAAGCGCAACUCGUGCAGCAUCUCCUAAGGGAGAGGAAUCCGGGGAUUCGAAGUUCGCACCACGGCAGCUAAAACAAAAACUAAAGCUUAACUAAAACGGUCUCCUACAACACGGUUUUCAAUACUUCUCCAAUAAUGCAAAACAAAAUGGGGCUUACCUCUAUGUAAACCAAUUACCAAAAACGACAAGUAUUAAGGUAAAUAGAUAGGGUCGAUUAUUUUCAGAUUAUAUCUCAGAAAGGGAGAUUCAUUUUUGGGUUGAACAGGGAGUAUUUGCUUGAAUAUAUAUCACUGUUCUUUUACAAAAGACAUUUUUUCGAAAUUUUGAACACAAAUCUCUAGAGGUUUUAAAUCCCUUUUUAAAGUCUAUAGCACUUUUGUAACACUAAAAAUAAUAUAAAUGUAUAUUUUUAGUGUUAUUUAACAUGCAUACAUUUUGAUGAGGUUUUAAAUCUCCAGAGAUUUCUGUACAGGGAAAAGAACAGCCCCAAGGAUUAGUUUCCCCUUCCUAGGACCAUCAAACUUUUUGCAUCUGACCAAUCGACCCGCACUAUUUAAGAGCAAUAUCGACUCAAAUGUACCUCUCUCUUGCUAUUAUCGCUCCAAUAACUUUAGUACCUAUAUCUCAAAGCCUCUGGUUUCUCAAACUCAGCUCUCAGCAUACUUAUAAAUGGAAUGGAUAUAUUGUGGUAGAGAAAAUAGAAUCAUUAGACAGCGCUAUAAUUUACUCAGAUAAAAAUACAGAAACUACGUAGUCCCAAAGUCGAGGCAAAAAGCAUUAUUUUAUAUGUGUGUCUCGAUGUGUAACUUUAGCUUGGUUGUUGUGUGUGUGUGUCUAGUUACAGUUUCCUCAUUUCCGACAGUAUAGGAAUAUAUAUAUAUAUUGACUUAUCUGUGUAUAGAUUACCCGUGUAGCGAGCAUUUAGGGCCGGCCCGUGUACCUAAAAACAGCGAAGACAUAUUUUUGUAGACAUUAGGUCGAUAGAACCGGAUUUCUGCUAGGCGCCAGUGUUGGAGCGUGUGCAAUAGCGCCGGUUGCCAGUGUUGAGAAGCGAAAGUGAAAGCGAUAGCGAAAGCGAAAGACAGAAACCGAAAGCAAAUGCAUAGUUAAGAAGUAUCUCUCUCUUUGAUUGGAAAAGGGAUUACGAUUACGUAGGACCUAUCUGUAGAAACGUAAUGAGUGUACUCUAAGUUGUAUUUUUUUUUCGUUCCCCGUUUACGGUUAGCUAUUAGUAUUGGUCAAUGCCAGGCAAAAAGAUUGAAACAAAUGGUUAAGAUUGAAAACGCAAUGAAAACACCAAAGAAUAAGACAAAGACAAAAGCAAAUGCAAAUAGUGAAUACGAGUAUAGAUCGAUAAAAAUAUAUAUGAAGAUGUUAUGGUAUGAAAAUGAAUAUAGUCGUGUUAUAGGGUUACUUUUGAGAUACAGAAUGAAAAACGGGCCAAAGUGAAACGCAGCUAUUAUAUUGCAUACAUCGGACAUCACACGUAAUUUAUUUGUGGUACAAUAAAAUAUAUACGCGCAUUCAAUCCCAAGAAAAAACCGAAAGCAAAGGCGAAACAGAGUGUUAUAUUUAUACGAUAAUAGUUAUGUGUACUGCUACAAGAAAUACUUCAAAAUACUAAUUUACCGAAUUACUAUGCGAAUACGAAUACUAAUCGGAAAUCUUGUGAAAAUACCAAGGCAAAUCUUAAACUUAUAUGGAUAUUGAUGUGUUGCAAACGAAAUGAAAACUUCAAUGAAUUUAUGUAAUUAUUUAAUUCCAGCAAAUCGUACAAUAUCAAGUAUAUAUCUGCGUA